AUGUUUCACCAGUCUUUUUUCAAAAUCGCUAUGCUAUUCUCUAUCUUGUGUUUCAGCGCACUCGUUGAAUCCUCCUUGUAUUGCCGCGGUCGCUUCUCAAAAGGAGCAAAAACAGGGGAACACAAGGGUAAAGCUGCUUGCGGAACUUCUCAUGACAAUACCAUAUACUACUGCGACGAUGACGGCUGCACCAACGGGGGUCAUAGAUGGGUGAAGAUGGAUCACUGUGUACUGGCUCACUCCAAUUGGAACGGGACGAGCACUCAACAAUGCGUGGAAUACAAAUGGGACGAUAAUCACCACCGAUUCUCUUGUACCAAUCACGGGGGUGUUACGUAUCACUGCAAGAUGAACAUACACCAAAUCCAACCCAUAAUUUGUAGUUGCUAUGAGUCAUGA